UUUGGUGGGUGGUUGUUGGUGGGUGGUGGGAUUCACACUCUCCUUAGUUUCUUGGUUUUUUUCAUGCUAUUAAAGCAGUCUUAGAGCAACUCUAAGAAAAAAACAGCUAAAUGAAAAGAUAAAAAAGAAAUUUAAAAUUAUUUUAACUAUUUAAUGGUUUUUUUUAUAUGCUCUUCUUACAUUUGAUGCUCCAGAGUUGAAAUCGCUGUCUAUCUCUCUCUUCCUGUUUACAAAGCCAGACAAAUCCUGUGGCUGGCUUGUGCUUCUUCAACCUUGUGGUUUUCCAUCAAGAGAAAGUUGAGAAACAAGGAGAUGGGUGGUGAUGCCAAAGUUUUUACCUUUGAAGAUGUGACUGUGCACAACAAACCCAAGGACUGUUGGCUAAUUAUCAAUGGCAAGGUUUAUGAUGUCACAAAGUUCAUGGAAGAUCACCCCGGUGGUGAUGAGGUUUUGUUGUCUUCUACAGGCCAGGACGCAACUGAUGAUUUUGAAGAUGUGGGUCAUAGUGAUAGUGCCAGAGAAAUGAUGGCCGAAUACUGCAUUGGAGAUAUUGAUGCCUCGACUGUCCCCAAGAAAACAAAGUACAAGACUCCACAGCAGCCUCACUACAAUCAAGAUAAGACCUCCGAGUUCAUUAUCAAGAUCCUUCAGUUCCUAGUUCCUCUUGCUAUAUUGGGUGUGGCCUUUGGAAUCCGCCUCUACACCAAAUCAACUUAGGAUUCUUGGAUCAUGUUCCAAUCACAAACAACCAGUAUUUUAUCUGAGCUACUAAGGCGUUCUCGUUGGCUGUAGUUAUCCUAGCAAUUUAAGCUUGUUUCUUUGUUGUCUAUGUUAUCAUCAAAUCCCAUGUUCAGAAACGUAGUGUUUGUGGUGCUUGAGCUUGUUCUGGCCCUUCGUUCUGCUAUAUUAAGCUCCUAGUUACAGCUCUGCUAUCGAACAUGAAAAAUGAACUAAUUGGUAUUUCAAGGCAUGCCUUCUCAUAUUUCAUCUGUAA